AUGGAUCCAAACCCUUCUGAUGUGUCGCAACAGAAGACUUCGCCGAUCGGCGAUCCAGCAGCGCUCCUACAAUUAUCAACAGAGCUCUCUGCUCAGGCCUCACAACUCGCCAUACAUCAACACCAGUUAAAUCGGCUCACCACAUUGACUGAGGAGCUCGUCAAGGCACUGCAAGGCAUCAGCAUAUCACCCCCCGGAGCCAUGUCUAAUCCGCCAUCUGUUCUCAGGAGCCCACAGCCUGCUCAGACACCUCCAGUCAGCCCACGACUUGCUUUCCCUGAGAAAUUCGACGGAGCACCUGCCAAAUGCAAGGGUUUCCUACUUCAGUGUUCGCUCUUCGUCAACCAACAGCCCUCGCUGUACCCCACGGAUUCUAGCCGCAUUGCUUUCACCUGCUCACUACUCACCGGGAGAGCAUUGGAUUGGGCCACCGCUGUCUGGAGGAUGGACGGUUCAGCAUUCCCCACCUUCGAAGCAUUCCUUCGAGAUUUCCGGAAGGUUUUCAUUACCAGUCAAACUGCUUGUUAA